ACAAUGCGAAACCUAGGCCCCAGCUUUUGCACCAUGAUGCACAGGGUUGUACUUUUUGUACUGAACUGAUAGGUGGCCUAGUGGCUGUGCCCUGUACUGCCAUUUUGAGGAUCUGGACUCCGUUCCUGCCUUGCUCUUUGGACCACAUUGUCAAAUCACACCGAAACUAUGUUCCAACUUCCUGUCAACAAUCUUGGCAGUUUAAGAAAAGCCCGGAAAACUGUGAAAAAAAUACUUAGUGACAUUGGGUUGGAAUACUGUAAAGAACAUAUAGAAGACUUUAAACAGUUUGAACCUAAUGACUUUUAUUUGAAAAACACUACAUGGGAGGAUGUAGGACUAUGGGACCCGUCACUUACAAAAAACCAGGAUUAUCGGACAAAACCGUUUUGCUGCAGUGCUUGCCCAUUCUCGUCAAAAUUCUUCUCUGCCUACAAAAGUCAUUUCCGGAAUGUCCAUAGUGAAGACUUUGAAAAUAGGAUUCUCCUUAAUUGCCCCUACUGUACCUUCAACGCAGACAAAAAGACUUUGGAAACACACAUUAAAAUAUUUCAUGCUCCAAACGCCAGCACACCAAGUAGCAGCCUCAGCACUUUCAAAGAUAAAAGCAAAAAUGAUGGCCUUAAACCUAAGCAGGCUGACAGUGUGGAGCAAGCUGUUUAUUACUGUAAGAAGUGCACUUACCGAGACCCUCUGUAUGAAAUAGUUAGGAAGCACAUUUACAGGGAACACUUUCAGCAUGUGGCAGCACCUUACAUAGCAAAGGCAGGUGAAAAAUCACUUAACGGUGCAGUCCCCUUAGGUUCAAAUGCCCGGGAAGAGGGUAGUAUUCACUGCAAGCGAUGCCUUUUCAUGCCAAAGUCCUACGAAGCUUUGGUUCAGCAUGUCAUCGAAGACCACGAACGCAUAGGCUAUCAGGUCACUGCCAUGAUUGGGCACACAAAUGUGGUGGUUCCCCGCUCCAAACCUCUGAUGCUUAUUGCGCCCAAACCUCAAGAGAAGAAGGGCAUGGGACUCCAAUCAAGAAUUGGUUCCCUUGCUUCUGGAAAUGUCCGGUCUUUGCCAUCACAGCAGAUGGUGAAUCGACUCUCCAUACCAAAGCCUAACUUAAAUUCUACAGGAGUCAACAUGAUGUCCAAUGUCCACCUGCAGCAGAACAACUAUGGUGUCAAAUCAGUAGGUCAGGGCUAUGGUGUUGGCCAGUCCAUGAGAUUGGGUCUCGGUGGCAAUGCACCAGUUUCCAUCCCUCAGCAGUCCCAAUCUGUGAAGCAGUUACUUCCAAGUGGAAAUGGAAGAUCUUACGGGCUUGGGUCAGAGCAGAGAUCCCAGACACCUGCCAGAUACUCUCUACAGUCUGCUAAUGCUUCUUCUCUCUCUUCCAGCCAGUUAAAGUCUCCUUCCCUCUCCCAGUCACAGACAUCCAGAGUAUUAGGUCAGUCCAGUUCUAAACCAACUGCAGCGGCCACUGGCCCUCCCCCCGCCAAUACAUCCUCAACUCAGAAGUGGAAAAUAUGUACAAUCUGUAAUGAGCUUUUUCCUGAAAACGUCUAUAGCGUGCACUUCGAAAAGGAGCAUAAGGCUGAGAAGGUCCCAGCUGUAGCCAACUACAUUAUGAAAAUACACAAUUUUACUAGCAAAUGCCUCUACUGUAAUCGAUACUUGCCCACAGACACCUUGCUCAACCAUAUGUUAAUUCACGGUCUGUCUUGUCCAUACUGCCGUUCUACCUUCAACGACGUGGAGAAGAUGGCGGCGCACAUGCGGAUGGUGCACAUUGAUGAAGAGAUGGGCCCCAAAACAGAUUCCACUUUGAGUUUUGAUUUGACAUUGCAGCAGGGCAGUCACACUAACAUCCACCUCCUUGUAACCACAUACAACCUGAGGGAUGCCCCCGCUGAAUCUGUUGCUUACCAUGCCCAAAACAACCCUCCAGUCCCUCCAAAGCCACAGCCAAAAGUUCAGGAAAAGGCAGAUAUCCCUGUUAAAAGUUCACCUCAAGCUGCAGUGCCCUAUAAAAAAGAUGUUGGAAAAACCCUUUGCCCACUUUGCUUUUCCAUCCUAAAAGGACCCAUCUCUGACGCACUUGCACAUCACUUACGAGAGAGGCACCAGGUUAUUCAGACGGUUCAUCCCGUGGAGAAAAAGCUAACCUACAAAUGUAUCCAUUGCCUCGGUGUGUACACCAGCAACAUGACUGCCUCGACUAUCACUCUUCAUCUAGUUCACUGCAGGGGUGUUGGAAAGACCCAGAAUGGCCAGGAUAAGACAAAUGCACCCUCUCGGCUUAAUCAGUCACCGGGCCUCGCACCUGUGAAACGCACUUAUGAGCAAAUGGAAUUUCCCUUGCUGAAGAAGCGAAAGUUAGAUGACGAUAGUGAUUCGCCUAGCUUCUUUGAAGAGAAGCCCGAGGAGCCUGUUGUUUUAGCUUUAGACCCCAAGGGUCAUGAAGAUGAUUCCUAUGAAGCCAGGAAAAGCUUCCUAACCAAGUAUUUCAACAAACAGCCCUAUCCCACCAGGAGAGAAAUUGAGAAGCUCGCUGCCAGUUUAUGGUUGUGGAAGAGUGACAUUGCUUCCCACUUCAGUAAUAAGAGGAAGAAGUGUGUCCGAGACUGUGAAAAGUAUAAGCCUGGCGUGUUGCUGGGCUUCAACAUGAAAGAAUUAAACAAAGUUAAGCAUGAGAUGGAUUUUGAUGCUGAGUGGCUCUUUGAAAAUCAUGAUGAAAAGGAUUCCAGAGUCAAUGCUAGUAAAACUGCUGACAAAAAGCUCAACCUUGGGAAAGAAGAUGACAGUUCCUCAGAUAGUUUUGAAAACUUGGAUGAAGACUCCAAUGGAAGUGGUAGCCCUUUUGACCCUGUUUUUGAAGUUGAGCCUAAAAUCCCUAACAACCCAGAGGAACACAUACCGAAAGUUAUUUCUGAGGAUGUGUUAGAACCCGAGGAGAAGCUAGACCAAAAAGAGGAGGAUGGUUCAAAAUAUGAGACUAUUCAUUUGACUGAGGAACCAGCCAAGUUAAUGCGUGAUGCUUCUGACAGCGAGGGUGACCAAGAUGAGGUGGUUGAGUGGAAAGACGGUGCUUCUCCAUCGGAGAGCGGGCCAGGUUCCCAACAAGUGUCGGACUUGGAGGAUAACGCCUGCGAGAUGAAACCAGGUACCUGGUCCGAUGAGUCUUCCCAGAGUGAAGAUGCAAGGAGCAGUAAGCCAGCUGCCAAAAAAAAGGCGACCGUGCAAGGUGACAGAGAGCAGUUGAAAUGGAAGAAUAGUUCCUAUGGAAAAGUGGAAGGGUUUUGGUCCAAGGACCAGUCGCAGUGGAAGAAUGCAUCUGAAAAUGAUGAGCGCUUAUCCAGCCCGCAGAUUGAGUGGCAGAAUAGCACAAUUGACAGUGAGGAUGGGGAGCAGUUCGACAACAUGACUGACGGGGUGGCCGAGCCCAUGCACGGCAGCUUGGCUGGCGUCAAACUGAGCAGCCAGCAGGCAUGAGUGCCAGGCUCCCCGGGCCGGUGACAGUGUGACUGCGAAGCCGUGUUCCACCUGGCGCUGCCUUCGGCGCCGGCUCGCCGGGCUGUGGGGACGCGCGGCCACUGCAGUCCCUGUGGUGUUUCUGACUGACGUGAGUGGCCGAUCUUGCUUCAGAAAUUGCUGUGACGGCUACAGUAACUAAAUGUGAAAAACCAACAGGCUGGUGGCCACGAACGCACACGAGGAAAAGCAGAGGCUUCUCUUACCUGCCUUUCAACACUUCUUCCCCCCUGUACAUGUUUGGGGUGUCCUUGAGAAGCGUUGUCCUCACUCACAGGUAGUAUAGGGCCAGCGUACCAGCUACCAGCCCAGUGUGUAUAGUAGACUUUGGGAAAACCAAUUUUUUUUCAUGUAUUCAUUCUGAAUAGUUGAAAUGUAUAUUUGUACAGUCUUUUAGACCUACUCAGUGAUGCUUAUGAUACUGUUUCUGCGUACCCGCCGUAGGUUUGGUUCUUUUUUAGUGUCGCCCUUGCUGUGUGAUAACGCUCUAUCUAGUUGACCUAGCAAAAGCUCGAAACUGCGCUAGUAUGGACUUUCGAACAGACUUAGUUUUUUGCACAUAACCUUGUACAAUCUUGCAGCAGAGGCCAGCCACAUAAGAUAUAUAUCUGGACUCUCUUGUAUUAUAGAAAUUUUCUUGUUCUGAAUAUCCUUGACAUGACAGCUGAGAAAAACAAAAACUGGUGUUUCAGAUCUGUUUUCUGAAAUCUUUUAAGCUUAAAAUCACAUGCAAGAAUUGACUUUCCAGCUACUAAUUUUGACACCUUUUAGAUCUGUAUGAAAGUGUGUUGUGUUGAAGCAGCAAACCAUUGACUGCUGCAUUUUUGGAUAUUUAGUUUUCUCUUUAGUUCAGCACCACCAGGUGUAUUCAUUUAUACCAUCUAAUAUAUGACACACUGUUGUAGUAUGUAUAAUUUUGUGACCUUUAUUUCCCUUUGUAUUCAUUUAAGCAUCUAAAUAAAUUGCUGUACUGUGCUUAAUGUAAAUAUUGCUUUAUUACACAUGACAGGCCUGUGUGCCCAGGUCUUGGGCUGCGAGUGCCCGGGCGCUCGCUCUGUCGGGGCUGGGAGCCGCAGCCCUGGGGCGACUGGACAGCCAGGAGCUGCCUUUGGCAUACAGGCUUUGUUCUCAAGGCACCUGUUACAGAUUCCUUUGGUUUUGUUUUGUUUGCCUUUUUUAGUUGCAAAAAUAAACAUCCUUGAGUUCUCAGUUCCCCUUUUGUUAAGGAGCAGGAGCUUGCUUAUAUGUGUAAAUGUCUCAGUGAUACAGGAUGUAAAACAUAAAUUGGCAUUAAUUUGCAAGCAAGUCUUAAUGACUGGUGUUUUUUCUAAAACAAGUAAAUGUUAGUUUUCACCUUACAAUGGGAACAAUUGUACUAGACGGGCAACUCCUCUGCUUCUGUUAGAACUCUGGGCCAUCUUGCUGUUGAGAGCGCUCUGAGAUCUUGCGUCUGGAGGGCUGGCUAGGCCAGGUGAGAGGGGCUGGCUGGUGUGUUGCUGUUUACAGAGUCCCAGGAGCGGCUCCGCUCCUCCUACAGAAUGGAAGGUUACAAGGAGGCAGAAGUAGGGCGAUGCUUUGGCAUUACAAUGAUGGGGCUCCAGGUGGCGAAGCGGGCGGUCCGCUCAGUCACCACAGGGAUACUGACUGGCUUAGAGUUCCCACGUGGCUGGUUUCCAUAACCUGGAAAAAUUUCCCAAAGACUUGUCUUGGUAAUGUUUUCGUUACCAGAGGGUAUUGAUUUGACCUACCUUCCCUUAAAAUGCCAUGCUACUGAAGGAAUACCAGAGAAAAGUGCUAGGCUAGGAAUUUUAGGAUAUCUGGAACUGGCAUGGAACUAUUUUAAGUCUACAUGCAAGUAGACCAUAAAUCCCAUUGGCAGCAGCUAGUAUUUAGGACAGACGGCGUCUGCAAAUUAAGAUGACACUGAUGACCAAGGCGACAAACUGCCACUGAAGAAGUCAGCCCGUCUUGCCUGAGAGUCACACAACUGGCGGGAGCCGUCGCUCAUUUGUUUGGAUAUUAAUUUGCAGGUGGGAAGAGCAGCCUGGGGCAUGUUCUGGGCUGGACGUUGGCUCAGACAGAUGUUUCCUGACUAGGUGGUGGGAGUGGGCUGCUGACUGGCGUUCUGGAAAAAGUUGAGCCACCUACCAAUGGAAAAGAAGAUUCCCAACUGGAAAUGUUGCAGAAGCCCUAACAGUGUCUCAAUAAAAGCCAUUUUUAA